CAUAAAGUAAAAGAAAAAAAUAUAUAUAGAAUAGAGAGAGGAAAAGCAAAAGAGGUGGUCUUUCUCUCGCACGGAUCCCAAUGGUAUGCAGGAAGGAUGCCAGCAUUGUUUGCUGUAAACUCAUUCUUUUUGUAUAAGUUUAAAGGAAGUUGCUUUGUUCUCCUUUAGAAAUCUUUUCAGAGUGAAGGGCAGAUAAAGAACAUCUCGGAUAAAUUUUUAUUUAACAAAUUUAUCUAGUGAUCAGUUUGUGCUUUUGCUAGUUGCUACCUUUUGAUUUGAUUUAUUAUAAAUAUAUACUCCUUGUGUGUAUAUCUAUAUAGAUUCUGUUUCUAUAGAAACCACAACUAGGAAAUUAUAAAAACACAAAAAGAAAAGAAAAGUAAAGAAAACACUCUACACCUUUCUUACUUCAUUCCACUUACCUUGUUAUUAGUUUUCAAAAAUGGAGGGAACGCAAAGUAUUAUGAUUAGUUUUCAAUCUCCCCAAUGAUUCAGUAAGCUUUAGCGAUCCCUUUUUCUUUAUUCCAAGUGUGAAAGUGUGUUCGAUACUUAGAAAAAAAAAAUGAAGUCCAUGAUCAACAACAACAACGAACACAAUGACGACAACAAAAACACUAACAACAACUGGUUGGGUUUCUCUCUUUCACCUCACAUGAACACAACCACUACAACAUCAACAAUGGAAGGUGCACCACCUUCCGAAGCUUCGCAUCACCCUUCUUCUUCUUCUUCAUCAAACCCCACUACUUAUUUCAACCUCCCUUCGCAUUUCAACUACCCAAACAUUUAUUGUCAUGGAGUCGAAGGUGAAAAUGGAAGUGGGCUUUACUCUGGUUUCCCUAUCAUGCCCCUUAAGUCCGAUGGUUCCCUUUGCUUAAUGGAAGCCAUCACCAGAUCACAAUCACAAGGAAUGGUUAGUUCGACUCCACCAAAACUUGAGAAUUUUUUCGGUGGUGUAACAAUGGGGACCCCUGACUUCGACAGAGGAGGAGCUACAAUGGCUCUUGGUUUAGAUAGUAGUACAAUGUACUACAACCAAAAUCCUGAUCAUCAUGAGACUCUACAACACAACCAUAGGCAUCACCAACACCAGAUUCAAACCCAACACUACCCAGAUUACUCCGGUUUCAGAGCUUUGUACCAAACAGUACAACAAGAGGAAGUCAAAGAGGACCAGAAUAUCGUUUCAGAUACUUGUAACCUUCAUCUACCGAGUAUCGGAGAAGAUGACGACAUCACUGGUAUGAAGAACUGGAUUUCAAGAAACUAUCAUUCCGGCGUUGCUUCCGGCGAUCAUGGUGGUGGUGGUGGCGGUGGCGGUGGUUAUGGUGAUUUACAGUCGCUUAGUUUGUCAAUGAGCUUCGGAAAUUGCUCGCAGUCAACCCCUUGUGUCACUGGAUCGCAUUCACAGCAACAAAUCAUACCUCCUCCUAAUGUCGCUGAUUGCGUCGUUUUGGAUACGAAGAAACGAGGUUCUGAGAAAGUGGAUCAACAGAAGCAGAUUGUUCAUAGAAAGUCGUUGGAUACCUUCGGUCAAAGAACCUCGCAGUAUCGAGGUGUUACAAGGCAUAGAUGGACUGGAAGAUAUGAAGCGCAUUUGUGGGACAACAGUUGCAAGAAAGAGGGCCAAAGUAGGAAGGGAAGACAAGUUUAUCUGGGUGGUUAUGAUAUGGAAGAGAAAGCUGCUAGAGCGUAUGAUUUAGCAGCACUUAAAUAUUGGGGUCCUGCGACUCACAUAAAUUUUCCGUUGGAAAACUAUGAACACGAAGUUGUGGAAAUGAAGAACAUGUCGAGACAGGAAUAUGUAGCUCACUUAAGAAGGAGAAGCAGUGGUUUCUCUAGAGGUGCCUCAGUCUAUAGAGGAGUAACAAGACACCAUCAACAUGGUCGAUGGCAAGCUAGGAUCGGCCGUGUGGCAGGGAACAAAGAUCUUUACCUUGGCACAUUCAGCACUCAAGAGGAGGCUGCUGAGGCUUACGAUGUAGCUGCUAUCAAGUUUCGUGGCGUGAAUGCAGUUACGAAUUUUGAUAUUUCAAGGUAUAACGUUGAAAAGAUUAUUGCGAGUAAUACCCUUUUAGCAGGAGAGUUAGCUAGGCGAACCAAAGUAGACCCCACAAACGAGCUCUUGUGUGAACAACCACUUAUUAAUGGCGAACCUAAAACCAUGUCAAGUGAGCCCACCAUAAACAGGAACAUGUUGGACUGGAAAAUGACACUUUAUGAUCAGAAUGGAAGUAGUAAUGGAGUCGGAAUCGAGGGAGAUGAGUCAUCUAAACUUGGAACACAUUUGUCGAAUGCUUCUUCAUUGGUGACAAGUUUGAGUAGCUCGAGAGAAGAUAGCCCUGAAAGAAACAAUAAUAAUAGUAAUAAUAAUAAUAAUCUUCCGAUGGUUCUUGAAACGCCGCCGUCGGCUUCCAACUUUCUUGGUGGUUCAUCGGGUGGUGGAGUUGAUGCAUGGAUUCCGACAGCAGCGAAUCAGAUGAGGCCACAUAUUCCUGUUUUUGCUGCAUGGACGGAUGCAUGA